AUGGAAAAGAACAAGAACCAACCUCAACAACUUACUAUGGGCCAACCUCAACAACUUACUAUGGACCAACCUCAACAACUUACUAUGGACCAACCUCAACAACUUACUAUGGACCAACCUCAACAACUUACUAUGGAUCAACCUCAACAACUUACUAUGGAUCAACCUCAACAACUUACUAUGGACCAACCUCAACAACUUACUAUGCAUCAACCUCAACAUGUUACUAUGGACCAACCUCAGCAUAUUACUAGAGACCAACCUCAUCAACUUACUAUGGACCAACCUCAUCAACUUACUAUGGGACAACCUCAACAACUUACUAUGGACCAACCUCAACAACUUACCAUGGACCAACCUCAACAUGUAACUAUGGAUCAACCUCAACAACUUUCUAUGGACCAACCUCAACAACUUACUAUGCAUCAACCUCAACCUGUUACUAUGGGCCAACCUCACCAUAUUACUAGAGACCAACCUCAACAACUUACUAUGGACCAACCUCAUCAACUUACUAUGGGACGACCUCAACAACUUACUAUGGACCAACCUCAACAACUUACCAUGGACCAACCUCAACAUGUAACUAUGGAUCAACCUCAACAACUUUCUAUGGACCAACCUCAACAACUUUCUAUGAACAAACCCCAACAACUUACUAUGGAUCAACCUCAACCUGUUACUAUAGACCAACCUCAACAACUCACUAUGGAUCAACCUCAACAACCUACUAUGGACCAACCUCAACAACUUUCUAUGGAGCAACCUCAACAUGUUACUAUGGACCAACCUCAACAACUUACUAUGGACCAACCUCAACAUGUAACUAUGGAUCAACCUCAGUAUGUUACAAUGAACCAUACUCAGCAUGUUACUAUGGACCAACCUCAACACGUAACUAUGGACCAACCUCAGCAUGUUACUAUAGACCAACCUCAUCAACUUACUAUGGACCAACCUCAUCAACUUACUAUGGACCAACCUCAACAACUUACUAUGGACCAACCUCAACAUGUUACUAUAGACCAACCUCAACAACUUACUAUGAACAAACCUCAACAACUUCCUUUGGACCAACCUCAACAACUUACUAUGGACAAACCUCAACAACUUACUAUGGACCAACCUCAACAACUUACUAUGGACCAACCUCAACAACUUACUAUGGACAAACCUCAACAACUUACUAUGAACCAACCUCAACAACUUACUAUGGACCAACCUCAACAACUUACUAUGAACCAACCUCAACAACUUACUAUGACCCAACCUCAACAACUUACUAUACACCAACCGCAACAUGUUACUAUGGACCAACAUCAACAUGUUACUAUGAACCAACCUCAACAACUUACUAUGAACAAACCUCAACAACUUACUAUGAACAAACCUCAACUUACUAAAGUAGUCAAAGGACUUUCACAAGAGCCCAAAUUGAGGAGAAAGGCUGAAAUACGAUACCACGAUGCCGAGGAAUCCCUUUUCCCUGAUCUCGAUGAUGUAGUAGUGUCCUCAUCUGAUUCUUGGAAUCCUGAUUCGGAAUCCUCCUCUACUGAAGACAAUGAGGCUAUACCUAAAGUGGUCCGGGUUGAUAAUUCACAUUCUUCCGGGGAAUCUGAUAUCAUUCCUAUUGUUCCUGAUAUAUCAUUAUUAGCUUUACCAGAUAGUACCUCAGUAACAUCUAGUUCAAAAGAUCCAUCUGUUGAGGAUUUGAAUGUAGCUCAAACAUACGUAAGUGAAGGGAAGCGCAACAGUAAACAAAAUUAUUGUUUGUUUUGCAGUAAAUCAUUUUCAAAAAUGGCCAGGCAUUUCGAAGCUAUGCACAGCAAAGAAAUAGAUGUUCAGAGAGCCUUGUCUUUCCCGAAGAAUGCAAAAGAACGAAGAGUCCAAUUUAAGAAUAUCAUAAACCGUGGAAAUUAUUUGCACAAUAAAACCACUCUUGAAGAUGGUCAUGGUCAAAUUAUAACAGUUAGAAGACCAACUGUUGAUAGAGAUCACUCAAAUUAUAUCCCAUGCCAGUAUUGUUUGGGUUUUUUCAAAAAACAGGACUUUUGGAGACAUGCCAAGAUUUGUAAUCCUAAAUCCCCUCCCUCCCAUAGAGUCUAUCAUCAAAGGGCAAGUGCUGCUUUACUACCUGUUUCUAAAAAUGCUACUCUUCACUUUAGAGAGAAGAUUUUAGAUAAACUCUCUAUUGAUGAGAUUAGUCUUGCAGCUAGAAACGAUGCUACAAUUGUUGCUUAUGGUAUCAAACUAUUUAAAAAAUGUGCUCAAAAUAAACAACAAUUCCAAUAUGUAAGACAAAAGAUGAGGGAACUAGCCAGAUUACUUCUAGUUGUUAGGAAAAAGAACAAAGAUAUAUAUGCCUUGAAAGACUUUAUCAAGCCAACGUUUUUUCAUGAUAUCUUGGAAGCUACCAAAGAAGUUGCCCAAUUUUGUGAGGAAAGCGCGUCUUUCAAAACGCCAUCUCUUGUACCUAAACUUGGUGGAUCACUUAAAAAAUGUGCCGAGAAUUUGAAAGCGGAAGCAAUCAUUACAGGAGACAAAUCAUUAAAAAAAGAUGCCUUAGAUUUUCUGGACUUGUGUAAUACUGAAUGGAAUAUUGAAGUGUCUGUGUUGGCAAGGGAAACGCUUGACAAGGUUAAAUUCAAUAAACCAAAAAGAUUACCACUUACAGAAGACCUGCAAAUACUGAAUAAUUAUCUGAGAGAAAAGGCAGAAUUGGAAAAAAGACAAUUAGAAACUCACGCAAAUUCCACAAUAUGGAGAAACUUUGCUGAGACCUUACUUGCUCAGUUAGUCCUUUUCAAUAGACGAAGAGGAGGGGAAACACAGCUGCUUCUUUUACAACAAUUUCUUGAUGGUAUCAGCAACAAACAAAACUCGAUGGCAUCUGAAGUGAAAAAUUCUCUCUCAAAACUAGAACUUAAAUUAUGCAAUUUCAUGUACAGAGUCGAAUUAAGAGGCAAAAGAGGAAGAAGGGUGGCUGUACUUUUAACCAAAGAAAACAAACAAAACAUUGAAUUAUUGAUCAAAAACCGAAAGGAAGGCGGAAUAAGCGCUGAGAAUGCAUAUCUAUUUGCAAGGCCAGGUUCAUCAGAAACACCAAUAAGAAGCUGUGAUGUCCUCCGGAAAUUCGCAGCAGUUUCUGGUACUAAAAACCCGAAUUUGAUAACAUCAACAGCCUUAAGAAAACAUAUUGCCACUAUCUCGCAAGUUAUGAACUUGAAAGAUAACGAACUGGAUUGUUUAGCUAAUUUCAUGGGCCAUGAUAUUCGCAUCCAUAGACAGUUUUAUAGAUUGUCAGAGGAAACCAUACAGCUUGCUAAGAUCAGUAAACUAUUGAUGGAGAUAGAAAAUGGUACAAUGCAUGAGGCUGCUGGUAAAACUCUUGAUGAAAUCUCUGUUACUAAUGAAGAGACAUUAGAAAUAGAUGAAGAAGAUGACGUAGAUGAUAUGGAAGAAACUCUACAAUCAAGAACAUUACAAGUAAAUAAUGUUGAUGAGGCUUUUGAUGCUGAUGUGAAUGAUAACUGUGGUGUACAAACUGAUGACGUGGAAGAAUUUGGGCCAAGCACGACCAAGAAAUUAAAGAAAGGUAACAAGAAGAAAGUUACUCUUUUCAAGAAUUCCAAAGUGAAUAAAAGCAAUAGAAAAGCAUGGUCUGAGGAAGAGAAGAAAGCAGUCACACAGCAUUUAGGAAAAUUCUUCCUACAGUCUAAAUUACCUGGAAAGAUUGAUUGUGAAGAAUGCAUAAGAAAGAAUCGUGUUCUUUCCGGUAGAACUUGGACACACGUCAAAUUUUUCAUCAAAAAUAACAAAAAGUUUUAA